GGAAGCCACCCCCGUGUGUCAGCACACUUGUUGGGGCAGAAGACUUGGUUCAGUUUUAUCUUAGAAAAUACACUGGUUUCUGUGGAACUCAGGGCCUUCUGCUAAAUGGUUUCUUGUCUCCUCACCGCAGAUUAAACCAUGGCCAAGGCUGAAUAUUUUGUCUGGAGUGUUCCAGAAAAUAUGACGUGGAAUUACUUUGAGAAAGAGUUUGGAAACACCACCGGAAUGCCACCCAUUGGAGAGGAUUCCAGACCCUGCGAGAGAUUUGCAAUAACCAACAGGCAGGCUUUAGUCAUCUUUUAUGCACUGGUGACCCUACUGAGCUUGCUGGGAAACUCGCUUGUGAUGCUUGUCAUCUUACCCAGGCGAAGAAGCUGCUCUGUCACCGACGUCUACAUGCUGAACCUAGCCAUUGCCGACCUUCUCUUUUCAUUGACCCUGCCCUUCUGGGCUGUCUCCAAGUUGAAGGGCUGGAUUUUUGGCACACCCCUGUGUAAGAUGGUCUCACUCCUGAAGGAAACCAACUUCUUCAGUGGUAUCCUGCUACUGGCCUGCAUCAGCGUGGACCGAUACCUGGCCAUCGUCCAUGCUACAAGCACACUGGCCCAAAAGCGCCACCUGGUUAAGUUUGUAUGUCUGGGCGUUUGGGCUCUAUCUUUGAUUCUGUCUCUGCCCUUUUCUAUCUUCCGCCAGGAAUACAAACCACAAAAUUCUGAAACAGUUUGCUAUGAGGUCCUGGGUGAAGCCACGGCAGGUUUUCGGAUAAUGUUGCGCGGCUUGUCCCACGUAUUUGGUUUCCUCCUGCCUCUGCUGGUCAUGCUGGUCUGCUACGGGUUCACGCUGCGCAUGCUCUGUAAGGCCCGCAUGGGGCAGAAGCACAGGGCUAUGUGGGUCAUCUUUGCGGUUGUGCUUGUCUUCUUGCUCUGCUCUCUGCCCUACAACCUGGCCCUGCUCUCGGACACUCUCUUAGGAGCCGGCGCGAUUGAAGACACCUGCAAGCGUCGCAGCGACAUUGACCAGGCCCUCUAUGUCACCGAGAUCCUGGGCUUUUCCCACAGCUGCCUCAACCCCAUCAUCUAUGCCUUUGUUGGCCAAAAUUUUCGCCACGAAUUACUCAGGAUCCUCGUUAGCUGUGGCCUGGUUCGCAAGGAGUUUUUGACACGCCGCCGUGCUACCUUUCACACAUCUCUUACUAGCUGUUAAACCUCUGAAAAUUACUAAGGGGUAACAUCGCCGCCUCAAAGGAAAGAAUAUUAUGCCAGUGUGCUUGGUGUGGUGUGGUGUGGUGUGUGUGUGUGUGUGUGUGUGUGUGUGUGUGUGUGUGGUAUGUGUAUAUGUGUGUGUGGUGUGUGGUGGCGGUGUGUGUAUGUGUGUGUGCUGUUCGGUAUGACUUUGGACAGAUACUACUCGGUUUGGGGAGGGAGGUGACGGAAUCAGAAGUUAGUGACUAACUGCUGUCUCUAGGGCCCACACGUGCUUUCUGAGGAGCUGCUGAUAGACCUCCAAGGUCUGCCUUUAUACUUCCAUGAUCUUUGACUUGUCAUCUGGGCCAUCAUCAUGGUCACAUCUAUAGCCUGACCCCGCCUUUAGGACAAAGAACUGGAGCUUGCAUCGACUUUACCCUUCCACGAGCCGGACUCUCUCCUCGGAGCACCGCCCUGACUGUUCAGCACAUUCCAGCAGGCUGUCCAGGAGCUCUUUGUCCUGUGAUCUGAGCUCACGAGAUUGUUCUCCCAUCUUGGGGAAUGUUGCAAUGUCUUCUGGGGACAUCAGUCAGGUGCUCCUGAAGCACCAUGCCACCAGGCGGCCUUGUGAUGGAGCCAAAGAACUUCUUCCCUUUAGGUGCCAUGAGUGGACAAAAGGCAUUUGGGAAGCAAGUCUUAGUGCACAAGGCUACCCUUUACCCUGUGACCAGUGUCACAGGGGGUGAUGUGUGCGUUGGGUACCAGCUGAUCCAAAGAUGGAACAAGACUAGCAGCUGUGACUUUUGCCCUCUUGGCACUUCCAGUUUGGCAGGGAGCAGCAGCAAAUUUAUACACCCAAAUAUUGCUGUUGGUCAGCAGGACAGGCAGCUGCUUCCAAUAAAAAUUUCUAUCCCAUGCUUGUCCAUGUGAAAGUAUCUUGGGUGUGCCAGAGCAAAACACGUGUGUGGAGUAGCUGGUGGUUCCUGCAGUAAAAUGGGGGUAGCCCUCCUUACCAACUUGCUGUCUCCUGCUAGAACACAGCCUCACACUCAUCAUCACCUCUCACAGGCAGAGGCUCUCUUUGUCACCCAUACGUGAAAAUGUGUGAGUCAGCUUUACCUCUCUGUAUAACCAUUGUCUCCUGGGGGGACCUGGCUCGUCUCCUUUAAGUUACUUUCUUACCCCCCAAUGACUUCAAGAAGUUGUGUUUGGGGCCCGGAGAGAAGGUCAGCGGUUGAGAGCACUGUCUGCUCUCUCAGAGGAUCCAGCUUUGAUCCCCAGCUCCCGUAUGGUGGCUCACAGUCAUCUGUAACUCAGGUUCCAGGGGAUCCAAUGACCUCUUCUGACUUCUGGGGCCAUUAGACACACAUGUGAUGUGUAGACAUAUGUGCAGGCAAAGCAUUCACACACAUAAAAAAAAAUCUAAAAAAAAUUUCAAAAGGAAUUGCGGUUACUCAUCCGUUUUCUCUGAACAAAAGCAGGAACCUGUCUGUUUAGUCCAUUUUCCAUCCUGGCAUUGGACAUAAUGCCGAGAGAAUAAAUCGAUGGUACUAAAAA